AUGCCGCUCGAGGCAACGAUGAUGAUAAUCGACAACUCAGAAUACAUGCGUAAUGGAGACUAUAUCCCAUCCCGCUUCGAGGCCCAGUCUGAUGCUGUCAAGACCAUCUUCCAGACCAAGAUUGAUUCAAAUCCAGAGAACACUGUUGGCGUCAUGACAAUGGCUAGCAAAGGGCCCGAGGUUCUCGUGACCCAUUCGAAAGACAUUGGACAGAUCAUCAAGGCCUUGCAUGUAACAUCAUCGAAAAUUGGCGGGUCAAUAGAUAUUCCUACUGCCAUUAACAUUGCCCAGCUUGCACUCAAACAUCGAGAGAACAAGAAUCUGCGCCAGAGGAUAAUAGUCUUUGUGGGAUCUCCGCUACAAGGACAGGGAGCGGAUGAGCGGGAAAUGGUGAAGCUCGCAAAGAGAUUGAAGAAGAACAAUGUUGCUGUUGACUUUAUUGCAUUUGGUGACGGCGUCGAGGAGGAAACUAAUGUCCUCAAGGCUUUCGUAGACAAUACAACGAAUAGCGAUAAUUCACAUCUGGUGUCUGUACCACCUGGUACACAUCUAUUGUCAGAUGUGAUUAUUUCUUCCUCAAUUCUGUCGGAAGACCGGGGCAUACCACCAGAGGCGAUGGGAGACGUCGGUGGUGCAUCGGGUUCUGGUGGUGCCAACUUUGAAUUUGGUGUUGACCCGAGUUUGGACCCUGAGCUUGCAUUGGCCCUUCGCAUGUCUAUGGAAGAAGAACAAGCUCGCCAGGCAGCGGAAGAGCAAACACGUCAACCGGCUACCGAUGCCACACCUCAAGCGGAAUCAGCAGGGGCAGACAAGGAUGAAGAGGCCAUGCUCGCUCAAGCUCUCGCCAUGUCCGAACGCAAUGAUGUUGACAUGGGUGAGGAGCAAGACGAAGAUAUGGAUGAGGAAGAGGCAAUUGCUCGGGCAAUUCAGAUGAGUAUGAAGCAAGAGGAAAAAGAACAGGGAGGACAGUAGUACCAAGCUUACAUAUUCUUACUUGUAUUUUCCUCCGAGUUGCACUCCGAUUUCUCGAACGGCUGUUAGUUUGAUAUUGGCGCUCAGGCGCUGAGCGCUCUGAGCAAAUACUCAUAACAACAGGCACAGCCACUUCGACCUCAUUCCGAGUCCGUUCGUUUCCUCAGAUUCUUCCCUUGACGUCUUCUUGAAAUCCUCUAUGCCAUCAUCACUCACUGCAUCCCAGGAGGAGCUCAAGGCGGCCAAGGUGCCUUUGGCUUGGAGAGAUCAGUGCUCAGCGUACGUACCUACUUUACCCUUCUGGUUGAAAGCCUAUGACCCACAACCACAAUACUGUUGUCCGUGAUACUUCAGACUCUUGAUACCUUUGAAUACCUGUCGGAGAGAAAACUAUUAUUUACCUUGGACUUGCGAGAAUGAGCGCCACGGCUAUGAGAA